CCCCACUAUGCUGCAUGGGGACACAAUGACACCGAGGCAGCCUUCAAUAGUCAGUUCCUGCAAUCAUCAUCGAUACAACCGGCGAGAAUCCACUCGAGUGCGCGUCUUCGUCUCAGUUAGUUUUCAUCAUGUUUCUGACCUCCCGCAGGGAUGAGCCGCCCUCUCGCAUCAAGCCACUACACGCCCUGCGCCUGGGGGAGUGACUGCCGGAUCCCCCUCGACGACCUCUCCCCAUCCGGGAUCUCGCGGCACCUCAAGGAGCACCACUUCCGCGACCAAUCGGCGCCGUGGCACCCAAAGAACCGGGGCCACUGCAAGUGGUGGGAGGCGGACGGCGUGUGCAACAAAGACCUGAACUACGCGAGCUUCGGGAAGCACAUCGCGGCAGUGCACCUUCAGAGUACUGCGAGGCCCUGCCCGAACUGCCAUCAGAACCUGGGCAGGGCGGAUUCGCUUGAACGCCACAUCAAGAACUACUGCCCUCGCAGCAGCCGCGCGGAGAAGAAAUGAGGUGCCGUAAUUUGGCCGGUUUUAACUGGAGGAUGCGGCGGACUACUUGCGUUUUGUGUGAUUCGUUAUGUCGUCUUGCUGUGUUUCGCAAUUUGCUGUGUAGGUCCGUCGA